GCCUGGCCCUUCUCGCUUCUCCCUGACAACUCUGAGCGUGUUCCUCUCUCUCCAGCCAUGCUCAUCAGACAGCAGUGUGGCCGAGGCGGGCCCCGGGGCUUUAGCUGUGGCUCAGCCAUCGUAGGUGGAGGCAAGAAGUCUGCUUUCAGCUCGACCUCCAUGUCUGGGGGCACAGGUUGCUUCUCCUCUGGGGGCUUCAGCAGCAGAAGCCUCUGCAACCUCGGGGGAAACAAGAGCAUCUCCAUCGGCACGGCUGGGUGCUGGCGAGGCACUGGGUUUGGGGCUGCUGGAGGUUUUGGGGCUGCUGGAGGUUUUGGGGCUGCUGGAGGUUUUGGGGCUGGCGGCUUUGGCCCUGGAUUCGGGGGCUCCUCUGGUGGAUGGGGUGGUGCUGGCUUCCCCGUCUGCCCUCCUGGAGGGAUUCAGGAGGUCACCAUCAAUCAGAGCCUGCUGACGCCACUCCACAUGGAGAUUGACCCUGAGAUCCAGAAGGUCCGGACCGAGGAGCGGGAGCAGAUCAAGACCCUCAACGACAGGUUCGUCUCCUUCAUUGACAAGGUGCGGUUCUUAGAGCAGCAGAACAAGGUUCUAGAGACCAAGUGGAACCUCCUUCAGCAGCAGACGACAACCACAUCCAGCAAAAACCUUGAUCCCUUCUUUGAGGCCUACCUCAGUGCCCUGAGGAAGCAGUUGGAUAACUUGACCAACAACAAAGGACGCCUGCAGUGUGAGCUGAAGAUCAUGCAGGACAGCGUGGAGGACUUCAAGGCCAAGUAUGAAGAUGAGAUCAACAAACGCACAGCUGCUGAAAAUGACUUUGUGGUCUUAAAGAAGGACGUGGACGCCACUUACAUGAGCAAGACGGAGUUGGAGGCCAAGGUGGAUGCCCGUAAUGAUGAGAUCAACUUCCUGAGGGUCCUCUAUGCUGCGGAGCUGUCCCAGAUGCAAACCCACGUCAGCGACACGUCUGUCAUCCUGUCCAUGGACAACACCCGCGACCUGAACCUGGACGGCAUCAUCGCCGAGGUCCGCGCCCAGUACGAGGAGAUUGCCCAGAGGAGCAAGGCCGAGGCCGAGGCGCUGUACCAGACCAAGGUCCAGCAGCUCCAGGUCUCAGUCGAACAACAUGGUGACAGCCUGAGGAACACCAAGAAUGAGAUUUCAGAGCUUAACAGGAUGAUCCAGAGGCUGCGGGCUGAGAUCGAGAAUGUCAAGAAGCAAUACCAGACUCUGCAGACAUCCGUGGCUGAUGCAGAGCAGCGUGGCGAGGUGGCCCUGAAAGAUGCCUACAGCAAGCGCACAGAGCUGGAGGUCGCCCUGCAGAAGGCCAAGGAGGAGCUGGCCCGGAUGCUGCACGAGUACCAGGAGCUCAUGAGCGUGAAGCUGGCCUUGGACGUGGAGAUCGCCACCUACCGCAAGCUGCUGGAGGGCGAGGAGUGCCGAAUGUCUGGAGAAUGCCAGAGUGCCGUGAGCGUCUCUGUAGUUGGUGGUGCUGCCAGCGCAGGAGGCGUUGGUGGAGGGUUAGGAAGCUGCUCCGGAUUUGGCCUGGGUUCUGGCUCCGGAAGUGGUUUUGGGUUUGGUGGUAGUGUUGGUGUCGGCGGCAGUUCCAGCAGCAAGAUCACCUCUACCACCACCCUGACCAAGAGAUCCCACCGAUAGAUGAGGUGAGGUCCCUGCAGCCGCUUGAGGCCAGCCUGGCCCAGCCCUGGUGUCUCUGCUUCCUUCACCCCCACCUCCACCCUCCCUUCCUGGGGCUCGUCUUACCAGUGUCACCUCAGUGCCACCUCAGUGCCAGGACGUGGACUCUGCCCUCUUGGAGUUUGGUAGCUUCUUCCUAAUUUGGGCUUGCUGACCCAGCUGGAAUGGGAGAGGUGUCAGCUGACUCUUCACCUCUCAUGGACAGAGGAGAAUCCAGCCAGGUGCUUCAUCUCCAGAAUUAUUAGGGUCACAUAUAUCCCCUCCCAGCCCAAUGCCACCUCCUACCAGAUCCCGGAUCUCUCUCUACAUCAGGACCAAACUCCUUCUCCAUCACUUGGCAGCAACUGACCCUGCAAGGUCAGGACAAGAGCCACUCAGUACCCUGUCCACCUCUUCUCCUUCCCUCUGUCCAUCUUUGGGUGAAUCUUCAAUAAAAAGCUUUUGUCAUU